GUUGGAACGACGAGGCUCCGCCCACCGGGACCCCUUAGCUCUCCCCUGUUGCUCUGUUUUUGGGGGUAGUUUAAAACAGCAACUGAGUUGCCUUUCAGUAAUCUUUGUAUUCACUACUUUUGUCACUUCGAAGCGUUUGAAUGGGCAGUGUGCAGGAGUGUGUCGCCUUGCACCUACAGGUGCGUACACAAGAUGGGUAGACGUGAGGGGGACAGCAGAGGCGCAGUGAAUACCGGUGAACGCUCGGAGCUCGGCUGUCUGCAGGACUCUCCUCGGCUUGGCGGACGCCAUCCGUGCAGGUUGGAGGUAGCGGACAUGGAUGCGGCUAGCCGGCCACCGAUGGAGAUGAAGAAGCACCAGCACAAGCACAACUUGAAACACCGCUAUGAGCUGAUGGAGACGCUGGGGAAGGGCGCCUACGGAAAAGUGAAGAAGGCAGUGGAGAGAGUAAGCCUGAAGACGGUGGCCAUCAAGUCGAUCCGUAAGGAGCACAUCACAGACGACCUGGACAGAAUUCACAUCCAGAGGGAGAUUGACAUUACUUCUUCGCUCAGGCAUCCCAACAUCAUACACUUCCACGAGGUGUUCGAGAGCCGGGAUAAAAUUGUGAUCGUGAUGGAGUACGCCAGCAAAGGAGAGCUAUACGAUUACAUUCUGGAGAAGAGGAAACUUUCAGAAACAGAAGCCAGAAGCAUCUUCAGGCAAAUCACAUCAGCUGUACACUACUGCCACAAGAAUGGUGUUGUGCAUCGAGACCUCAAGCUGGAGAACAUUCUUUUGGAUGCAGAUCUGACCGUAAAGCUCGCUGACUUUGGCCUUUCCAAUCAGUACCAGAGAGGCUCUCUGCUGCAGACCUAUUGUGGAAGCCCACUUUAUGCCUCCCCAGAGAUAGUGACUGGGCUGCCCUAUCAGGGACCAGAGGUGGACUGCUGGGCGCUGGGUGUGUUGCUGUAUGUGCUGGUGUACAGCAGUAUGCCAUUUGAUGGAAUCAGUCACUCUGUGCUUACAGAGCAGAUAUGCCAAGGUCACUACCGAAGACCUAACCUCCCCUCAGACGCUUGUGCUCUUAUCGACUGGUUGUUGACAGUGCGUGUGGAUGAGAGGGCCACCAUCGAGGAUGUAGCCAACCACUGGUGGGUGAACUGGGGUUAUGAGGAGAGUGUGUGUGACUGCACUUCAUCCGCACACCCAGACUGCCCCUCCCCAUUGCUGGCUCGCUACAUCGACUGGCAGAGUCGGGCUGUCAACAGUAUGCCUGCUGACCCAGGGUGCCUCUCUUUGGAGUUCACCCGCUGUCCCCCCCAUGCCCGUUACUUCAGCUUGCCUCUUAGGAGUGAGCGAGGAGGAGGAGGAGGAGGAGGAGCAAGAGUGCGCGGAGGAACGGUCAGUGUCAGAAAAUCUCGCAAGGAGAACGCUAUUCCUCAGACUGCACAAGGACCAUGUGGUAGUACAGCAGCUUCUUGCUCCAUCUCCACCGUGGAAAGAAAGAAACCCAAAAGUAUUCUCAAACCUCAGAAGAGUUUUGACUUUUUUAUGCAAAGCACGCCAAAGGAAAGUCCUCACCUCUUUUAUCAAACACAUGCACUUGCCCACUCACAUGCUGAUGUCCUGUCCACCAGUACGUUCAGCCAGCCCUCGUCUAAAAUGACAAAGAAGGGUAUACUUAAAAACCUGUAUGAAGGGGCAUCAGGUUAUGACUCCUCCAAAGCGGGAGUCAAAGACAGCGAUGUGGGUGACUUGUGUGCUAACCAACAGCCCACUUGCGUCCAGGCAGCAGAUGACAGUCCAACCCUGCGUACAGAAGCAGUGAGAAGACGAAAGGGUAUUCUCAAACGUAACGGCAAGUUCUCACAAAGCCUGGACCUUCCGGAUGCACACCUCUCAUUGCCAUCUUCUGAUCAAGCAACAUUCCCAGAAGCUCUGCAGCAGUUCUUCCAAGACAACGUGGGUGCCGAAGGUCACCAAAACCGCCCUUCCAGCGUGGUGAGCGAGGAUAGUCUUUUCUCUUGUGACUCCUUUGACCUGCUGGACCUCAGCGCACAAUCACGUCGUAGGUUUUUUCUCCAGGGCAUGCACCAUAGCACAUGUAAGUCAGAGGAGGACCUGAGAGCUGGGGCGGGUGAAAAUGAAGGACAAGCAUCCAAAUGGUGAUGCCCCACAUCAGCACUUUCCUGCUCAAACAGUUCUUCCAUCUUUUAGAUUAGACUUACUGAAGUGCAUUGUGAGUGUGUGUACACAUUGAUUAUUGUACUGUUGAUGUAAAGCACUUGAAACACUGGCAAUUUCACUGAGAUCUUUACAUUUCUAAAGAUUGGACCCAAAUGCAGCAAUUUUUGUCUUUAUGUUUGUGUAGGCAUUACGCCUACUUCCUGUUUAAAUGACUUUGAACUGCAGGUUUUGAGUGCAUGCCGACAUAUGAUUUCUCACACACACAAACAACAUAUGAACAACUUUUUGUUUGUUUUGGUAUGAAGUCGUUUGUUCGAAAGUGUCCUGACACAUUGCUGAACCCUACAUCCUAAUGGCCAUAGCUCUCUCACCUGGCGUAGAGAAGAUGAAUUGCAGUGGCUCCAUCUUCACCAGGUUCAGCACAUCCGUGCUUGAUUUUGUUUUGUUGAUUGAGAGAGCAAUACAAGCAGCAGGUGGCAUUAUAUUUGUUCUUAAACAUGCUGUACUGCAUAAGAAAUUAUUAUUUUUGAUUUUUUUAUUUGUUGUAUUGCUAAAUGUUUAUGUCAGCACUCGGCCAGUUUGUUAUUGUUUUCACUGUGGUUCUUCAGUUGGGGCAUCAGUGGCCCAGGCUGUUUGUGAUUAUUUAAAGCUGCAAUAAUAUAAGAAAUGAGUCUACACUUUUGGUGAUUUGGAAAAUAUUUUUCCCAAGUCAAAUAUAUUUAUUGAGAUCGUUCUUUAUGUGUGACCACAUUUGGGUAAAAGGUCUGGGUAAAAGCCUUGAAUGCAAUACGUUUUUGUUUUAAAUGGCUCUAAUGAAGAGAGUGCAUUGACGUUACAUCCAUUGUUUCACUGGAAUGAGGUAUUUUAAUUCUCCCAACUUCCAUUAAAAGUUUGAUAUAAAAAAAAAAACUGUCUUCUUCCCUUCAUAACACCUAAUAUUAAACAACUCCAAGAUAAAGCUAAGCAAAGCUCCCAACAAGGUCAUCUUUCACUUAUAGAGUCUGUUGACUUAUGAAAAUGAAGUCCUGUUAUAAUGUGAGACAUACUUUAUGGAUACUUAAAUAGAACAGGGGUCUCAAACUCAAUUACCUGGGGGCUGUUGAAGGUAGAGUCUGGGUGAGGCUGGACCGGUCACGUGGUGGCACACGGACUGUUAACUGGAUUCCAAGAUGCAGAGAGACACCGGUGGCAAUUUACAAUAUUUAGUACGUAGUCGUGGUACAGAAAGUUCACAGUCCAAAAACAAUACCCGGGCACACCCGUGGGGAAAAAGACAACUAAAGGCGCUGCACAAAAUAACUGGCAGGAGCAAAGCACAAAAAUACAAAAACUAAGGUAAAAUGUGAAAAAACAGAAACUACACAAAAACAAGAACUAAGCUAGAUCUUCAGCCAAGGGCAAAAACGUGACAAAAGCAUGGCAAAGCAAAAACAUAAAACCAAGAACUGAGGACAGAUAACAUUAGCGUGAAACAGGAGCUAGGUCAGAACUUAAUACUCACAGGAACUAAGGCAGGCCAGAACAAUGCAGGAUAAGCAACGGCAGAACAUGAGCAUGGAACGUCACAACAAGAGAAGACAAUCUGGCAAUUGACUAAGCGUGGAGCACAGGUCUAAAUAGUCCAACGAAGGUUGAGAACAGGUGUGUACAGGAACUCCUCCCCUAGGUAGGCAGGUGCGCUGCAACAAAAUACCAUUAGAUGACAGCAGAGCAGCAACACAACUAUGACAGGACCACAUCAAGUAUUGGGAGUAGUGCUGAGACUCUCAGGGUCCCUCACAAGAUGAUACAAUUUGCAUCUUGAUACGGUGAUAGGGUGAAACAAAACAAUAAAUAAAUAUUUUCAUAGUUUGUUUUUUGCUGCAUUCAGCUGGGAUAGGCUCCAGCUUACCCAUGAUCCUUAUGAGGACAAGUGGUAUAGAAAAUUGAUGUAAUUUUUGUAGCAUAUUUUAACCAGAAUACAACCAGCAAUGCUGCAAAAAAUGAGGCUGUGUAGUGCAACAUAAGUGUAAAUAGGAUUUCACUUUAGGUGUCUGACAAACAGUAAAGCUAUUUUAAAGUAAUUUAGGAAACAAAUCUGUGUAGUAUGGUAGCAUUGGGGUCACAUGGUGGCCUUGUGGUUAGCAUCUUGGCCCCACAGUGAGGAGAUCUGGAAGAUCUGGGUUCAGAUCUCCAUUGGCCAUCUCUGUGUGGGUGUUUGCAUGUUCUCACUGGAAAGAGACAGAGAAUGUAAAACCUAAACUAAACACACGUCUCUUGAUUGAACAAUUCGGCAUUCAACAGUUCUCUUAAUAGACCAAGUUUCUCAGAGAGUGUGGUGACGAACGAGGUUGCUGUGCAUGCCUGUCGUGCUGCCCAUGUGCCGUAUUUUUUUACUGCAAAAUCAGCAUUGUCUCAUCCAUGCUAUAAAAGCCAAAGAUUCAAGAUUCAAAGUGUUUAUUGUCAUGUGCACAGUAAAGAAACACGUUUCCCUGUACAAUAAAAUUCUUACUUUGCUGUCCACUCAGAAUACCAGAAUAAAAAAAGUGUGUAAAAAUAGAUAAGGCAAAAGUAAAAUAAACAAGAUAAAUAUUAAGGCAUAAAAAUGGUAUAUACAAAUGAAAGAGCUGUGUGCUGUGCAAAAAGAGUAUUUCAAGUAUUCAGGUUGGUAUUAAAGUGUCUGUGGUGUAAUGUUCCAUCAGCUGUUUAAGAGUCUGAUGGCAGUGGGGUAGAACGAGUUCUUUAGAUGGUUUGUCCUACAUUUUACACUCCAGUACCUCCGUCCUGAGGGCACAAGUGUGAACAGUCCAUGUUAUGGGUGGGUGCGGUCCCUGAUGAUGGAGGUAGCUUUCCUGUGGACUCUGCAGUGGUAGAUGCUCUACAGAGCGGGCAGUGGGGUCCUAAUGAUCCUCUAAGCAGUCUUAACCACUCUCUGCAGGCGUUUGCGGUCCAUGGCUGUAGGGCUGCCGUACCACACAGUGAUGCAGUUGGUCGAGAUGCUCUCCAUUGUGCAGCUGUAGAAGUUGCUGAGGAUCUUAGUCGACAUUCAAAACUUCCUCAGCCUUCUUUGCCAGCUGUGUGGUGUUGAGUGUUCAUGUGAAGUCCUCAGUAAUGUGGACCCCGAGGUACUGAAAGCUGCUCACCCGCUCCACUUCAAGCUCCCGGAUGAAUAGUGGCUGAUGAGGUCUCCUCUCAUGUCCACUAUCAUCUCCUUUGUCUUGUCUGUGUUGAGGGUGAGGUUGUUGUCCUUGCACCACGCCACCAGACUCACUACCUCCAUCCUGUAGGCCACUUCAUCCCCCGCGGUGAUGCAUCCUAUCACUGCAGUGUCAUCGGCAAACUUCAGGAUGACAUUGUCCUUGAGGGAGGCGACGCAGUCAUGCAUGAACAGGGCGUAGAGGAUGGGGCUGAGGACACAUCCCUGUGGCGUUCCUAUGUUGGUGGUGAUGCUGGCUGAUGUCCUGUUACCAAUCCUGACAGACUGGGGUCUGCCAGUCAGAAAGUCCAGGAGCCAGUCACACAGUCACACAAACCAAGUGCAGGCAGUUUGUGGGGGAUGACCGUGUUGAAGGCGGAGCUGUAGUCCACAAAAAGCAUCCUGGUGUAGGAGUCUUUUUUUUCCAGAUGGGACAAGGAAUGAUGGAGAACAGCUGUGAUGGAAUCUGAGGUGGAUCUAUCGGGCCGGUAGGCAUACUGCAGGGGGUCCGCGAUGCUGCUCUGAAUGUAAAAGUGAAAGUGAGUCAACACUUUUGAUUUUAACAAUGUUAGUGGAUCUUUCCAUUUAACGUCACCAGCCGAGUCCACUAUUACGUACAGUUUGCUUGUUUUUUCAUCUUCUUUUUUCAUUUCUUCUUCUUCUGUAGUUUCCGCCCAAUUUUCUGCCGCUUUGGCGAGGAGCUCCUCCUAGAUGACAUGUAGCAUGGUGACUCAAUUCACUGAGAAGACAUGGUGAUAGAAGUUUAUAGCGGCUAUAUUUUAAGAAUAAUUAAAAAACGAUACAUGGCAAGAGUGUGUCGACAAUUCAUAGCAGGAUUUAAUAUCGCAAUAGUUCAAGAUUCAAGAUUCAAGAGUUUUAUUGUCAUAUGCACAGUGAAACAGGUAGUUCUGCUAUGCAAUGAAAUUCUUGUUCUGUUCAUUCUCCCAACAAAGAAAGAAAACAAGAAAAUGAAUAAGAACAUCAGAAACAUAAAUACCAACAAAUUAAGCAACAGCAACAGAAGAGACAUUAAUACAAAUAAAUAAAUAAAUAGUGCUAUGAGUGUGUGCGUGUGUUGCGUGCAGCGUGUGUGAGUGCUUCGUUGAGGAGCCUGAUGGCUUAUGGGUAAAAGCUGUUUGCCAGCCUUGUGGUCCUGGACUUCAAACUCCUGUAGCGUCUGCCUGACGGUAGGAGUGUGAAUAAUGAGUGUUGUGGAUGUGUGCUGUCCUUGAUGAGGUUGUGUGUUCUGCGUAGGACUCUAGUUUUAUAAAUGUCUUGCAGUGAGGGGAGGGCUGCCCCAACAAUGUUCUGUGAGGACUUGAUUACCCGCUGCAGUGCCUUCCUAUCACGUGUUGUACAGUUACCGUACCAAACAGUGAUGGAGGCGGUAAGGACACUUUCGAUAGUGCAUCUAUAGAAGCAGCUCAGGAUUUUAGUGGACAUGCCAAAUUUCCUCAGUCUUCUCAAGAAGUACUGUCUCCUUUGGGACUUUUUCAUAAUUUGUUGGGUGUUGUGAGACCAGGUGAGGUCCUCGCUGAUGUGUAUGCCAGGGAACUUGAAGGUUUUCACCCUCUCCACCUCAGUCUCAUCAAUAAACAGGGCUUUAUGCGGUUCCUUGUCCCUUGUUCUUGGGUCAAUGAUCAUCUCUUUUUUUAGUUUGAUAUAUAUAGGUGUUUUGUCACACACCCGACAUGCAUUGUGGUAUUUGGUUUGUAAAACGUUGUGUGUUUAGAGUUAACAUAGCCUUUUUAUUAUUCCCCAUAGUAGUAGUUGCGUUAUGUGUGUUUACUUACCUGCUAUGUGCUGUCAUUUUUGUGUUAGUGUUCUGUAAGUGUGCUGUCAUUUCUCUAUGUAUAACUGAUAGUU